AUGGGAAGUCAAAUAGAGGCCAUCUCCAAUAUUGUCAAGAAUAUUGAAGGUUCAGUAUUUGUGACUCAACCAGCUAAGUCUGUUGAAUCGUCUUUUUCGAAGUAUUUACCAAAUGCAAAUACUUUGAUAGACUCCAACGAUCCAUAUAGUGUCAUAAAUAACUAUGCGGAGCAUAGGACAGAAGGGGAAGAACAGGAUGAUGAAAUAAUCACCGUUAUCACCAACGGCUCUACUAUUUUCAGAAACUUGCCAUUUUUGUCGUCAACAGCUUUCAAGACAAGUAAGAUUGUAUCACAUGUUGAAUUAGUGAAUUUUGAUUUUUCGAUUGUUUCUACAUUGAGAGACUUGAACGUUCCUGUUUUGGUAUCACAGUCUACAAACGAGUCUGUUGUGUUUUCUAAAUUGAGUUACAAUUUAAGUCAAAGAUUUGGUCAACCAGUUUUCCAUUUCUUUGCACCUUCUAACUAUCGUUCUGCUUUAAGCGAAAAGGUAGAUGGUAAGAUAAUCAUUGAUGAUUUAUCUAAGUAUGAGUUCAAUGAUCUUUUAUCCAAGUUUGGUGUAUCUCCUUUUGAAGUUGUUACAGGUAGUUCCAAGGCCCAGCAUUCUAUUGUUUAUUUCGGUCAAUUAAAUGAUGAACUUAUCAGUGCUGCUAAGAACGAGAAUGUCGUAUUAGUUUCAAUUAAAGUUUAUAAGCCUUUCGACUUGCAAAAGUUAUUGACUAUAAUACCAUCAUCGGUUGAAACGAUUACAUUCGUUUCCCAGACCACCUCCCCAUCAACGUCGUUUGCUCCUUUAUUAUUAGAUUUCUUCCAAGAGUAUUCCAAGUAUCAAACUUUGAAGAAUUUCACAAAAGUGGCUGCUGCAUUCUUUGGCUACAUAAAGUCGGAAAAAUAUUCAGAAAUUAUUGGUAACCUUUUAUCGAACAUAAAAUCUGAAUCUCCUGUUCAAAACUUGUCAUUCGGUAAAACAAAUACGGAAUUGGCCACUAAGGCUAGUAAGGAAAGACAUGGUGAAUCUCUUAAGGCUAUCACCAAUGUCCAUAAUUUGGAACAAGCUUAUUUAAAGAUUUUACAACAAGUCAACACUGAUAGUUUGAACAUUUUGAAUGAGUUUAAUGCCGAUAAUAUCGGCGUCGAAACUAAUCCUGAAUAUGGUUAUGGUGCGUACUUAAACUUCGAAGAACAACAAAAGCAAUUGACAGAUUUGGUUUAUGCAGCUAUUCAAGAUAAUUUAUUUAAAUCAAUUGACAACGAAAAAUUGAUUGACAAUUUAUCUAAGUGGUUAAUUAACGUGAGAGAAAACAUUGAAACUACCAGUAACUCAGUAUUAGAGACUAUAAAAUUAUUAGAAACAGACACGAAUUCUUCUAAUGCAGCCAAGAUUCUAGACUUGAAGGAAUAUUUCAAAGUGAACAAAAACUGGUUGAUAGGUUCGGACGCAUGGUCGUACGAUUUAGGGUCAUCAGGUGUCCACAAUUUAAUCACAUCGAAUAAAAACAUUAAUAUGUUAAUUAUCGAUUCUGAGCCAUACGAAGAUAAAUCAAAUGAUAAAACUGUUAAUGGAUUCCGUAAGAAAGAUGUUGGUUUAUAUGCAAUGAACUAUGGUGGGUGUUAUGUUGCAUCUGUCGCAAUUUAUUCUUCUUAUACCCAAGUAUUGCAAGCUUUUAUAGAGGCUGAAAAAUUCAAUGGUCCUGCUAUUGUUCUUGCUUAUUUACCAUACCAUAAUGAAUUUGAUAAUACUUUAUCAAUUUUAAAGGAAACUAAGCUUGCAGUAGAUAGUGGAUACUGGCCAUUAUACAGAUACGACCCAACUAUCGAAGAUGAAUCAAAAUCAUUUAUAUUAGAUUCCUCGAACUUAAGAAAUCAAUUGAAGAAUUUCUUGGAUCGUGAAAAUAAAUUGACUUUAUUAGCCAAGAAAGAUCCUUUGUUGUCUAGAAACUUGACUAGUAAUGCCACUACUGAAAUUAAGGCUAAGCAACUCCAGGCUGCUAAUGACUCCUAUAGUAAGUUAUUGCAAGGAUUGUCUGGUCCUCCUUUAACUGUUGCUUUCGCAUCCGAUGGGGGUAAUGCAGAAGCAGUUGCCAAAAAGAUCAAUAGACAAGCUCUUGGAAGAGGAUUGAAAUCAAUUGUUUUAGCAAUGGAUGAUAUAUCAAUGGAAGAUUUACCAAAUGAGACAAAUAUUGUAUUUAUUGCUUCUACUUCGGGACAAGGUGAAUUCCCAACUAACGGUAAACAAUUUUGGGACGGUUUAAAGAAUUCUAACGAUAUCGACUUGUCAACCAUCAAAUUCUCUGUUUUUGGUUUAGGUGAUUCUGAAUACUGGCCAAGAAAAGAAGACAAGCAUUAUUACAACAAGCCAAGUAAAGAUUUAUUCAAUAAGUUGAAGUUCUACGGUGGUGUUGAAUUAAUCGAUAUUGGUUUAGGUGAUGAUCAGGAUGCAGAUGGAUUCAAUACUGGUUUGAAUGAAUGGGAACCAAAAUUAUGGAAAGCUUUAGGGGUGGAUAAUGUUGAAGGUGUUGAAGAACCAAAGCCUUUGACUAAUGAGGAUAUGAAAAUUCAAUCUGAUUACUUAAGAGGUACUAUUGUUGAAGGUUUGAACGAUCAAUCUACGGGAGCUAUAAGUGCUGUUGACCAACAAUUAACUAAGUUCCAUGGUAUUUAUAUGCAAGACGAUCGUGAUAUCAGAGAUGACCGUAAGAGUAAAGGUAUGGAACCAGCAUAUGCCUUUAUGGUUAGAGUUAGAUUACCAGGUGGUAUCGCUACUCCAUCUCAAUACUUGAGGAUGGAUGAGUUAUCGAAUGAAAGAGGUAAUGGUACUUUAAAAUUAACUACGAGAGCUACCUUUCAACUUCAUGGUGUUGUUAAACAUGACUUGAAGCCGGCUAUUAGGGGUAUGAAUGCAGCAUUAAUGGAUACGUUGGCGGCUUGUGGUGAUGUCAACAGAAAUGUCAUGGUUUCUGCUUUACCUCAUAAUGCAAAGGUUCAUUCUCAAAUUUCCAAAACUGGUGCAUUAAUAUCCGAGUAUUUAUUGCCUCAAACUACGGCUUAUCAUGAAAUUUGGUUACAAGGUGAAGAUGAAGGCGAUAAGGCAGGAGCAUCGAAGAACUGGGAAAACCGUAAGGAAGGACCAAAGAAGGAAAAGACUUUAGUCGCAGGUAAUGCAUUGACUGAUUUCGAACCUAUGUACGGUCCAACUUAUUUACCAAGAAAGUUUAAGGUUGUUAUUACUGUUCCGCCAUAUAAUGAUGUCGAUGUCUAUGCCCAUGAUAUCGGUUUGAUUGCUAUCGUCGAGGGCGACGAAGUUAUUGGCUACAAUGUUUUAGCUGGUGGUGGUAUGGGUUCUACUCAUAAUAAUAAGAAGACUUAUCCAAGAACUGGAUCUAUGUUUGGUUACAUUGCAAAGGAUCAGAUUCACAUUGCAUGUGAAAAGAUCAUGUUAGUUCAAAGAGAUUUUGGUGAUAGAACAAAUAGAAAGCAUGCUAGAUUGAAGUAUACUAUUGAUGAUUUGGGUGUAGAGGUCUUCAAGGGUAAGGUGGAAGAGUUAUUAGGUUUCAAAUUUGAAAAAGCUAAACCAUUUGAAAUAAAAUCCAAUGUCGAUUAUUUCGGAUGGUGUAAGGAUGAAACUGGUGCUAAUCAUUUUACUGCUUUUAUUGAAAAUGGUAGAAUUGAAGACACACCUGAAUUACCACAAAAGACCGGUUUGAGUAAAAUCGCAGAAUACUUGUUACAAAACGAAAGACCCGGUGAAUUUAGAUUGACAGGUAACCAGCAUAUUUUGAUUUCUAACAUAAACGAUGAUGAUUUGGAUACUGUAAAAUCAUUGUUAGCUCAAUACAAGUUGGAUAACACAGAUUUCUCUGGUUUAAGGUUGUCUUCUGCAGCUUGUGUUGCAUUCCCAACUUGUGGUUUAGCUAUGGCAGAAUCAGAACGUUAUUUACCUGAAUUAAUUACAAAGUUAGAGGAAGCUUUAGAAGAUUAUGGUUUAAGACACGAUUCGGUUGUUAUGAGAAUGACCGGUUGUCCAAAUGGUUGUGCAAGACCAUGGGUUGCAGAAGUCGCAUUAGUCGGUAAAGCAUUUGGUGCGUAUAACUUAAUGUUGGGUGGUGGUCACCAUGGUGAAAGAUUAAAUAAGAUUUACAGAUAUUCCAUAAAGGAAGAUGAAAUUUUAAGUAUCCUUAAACCAUUGUUCAAGAGAUGGAGUUUAGAAAGAAAUGAAGGAGAACCAUUCGGUGAUUUCUGUAUUAGAAUUGGUAUUAUUAAGCCAACUACUGAAGGUAAAUUCUUCCAUGAUGAUCUUCCUGAAGAUGCUUAG